UGAUAUGAAAUCGCAAUCAUUAUCUAAAGUAAUUUAGCAUCUAACGACUCAAUAAUCACAAAAUCAAUGGGUGGGUGGGUACCAAAGCAGCCAUUUGUUUGCGCAAAAGGGUUGGACUUUUUCAUGGUUUAUUAUACCAGGCUGGCUCAACCCAAACGUGAAGGUCUGACCGUGUGAACGAGCUAGGAAGCUGCUACCUGCUGUGGCAAAUGUGCCGAAAAAUGGUGUGGAUGUGUGCCCGCAGCAGCCAUGCAGUACUUGACCCAAUUUUCUUUUCCUACGGCUGCAAUAGAUAAGCAGGCAGAAUCAAACUGGGGGCUGCUUACUGUCCCCUUCCUCUUCCUCCUCCUCGCGCUCUUUCCUGAUUGGGCCAUUGUCUAUCUGGUCAGCAUCAGGUUCAAGCAUCUGUUUUCAUGCUGGUUUCUUUCAUCAGGAAGCCAUGCAGGAGAAGCUCCAUUCCUCAUACAAGAAGUUCAGCAAUGGAUUUCCCGUUCCUUUCUUAGGCCUUGCAGUUGCGCUUUUCCUUGCCGCCUUUCUCCCACCAGCAAGCUCCUGCUCCGAGCAGGAGAGGAGCUCCCUCCUCCAGUUCCUCGCUGGGCUCUCGCAGGAUGGCGGACUUGGUUUGUCAUGGAAGAACGGCACGGAUUGCUGCACAUGGGAAGGAGUUGCCUGUGGCACAGAUGGGACCGUCACUGAUGUCUCCGUGACAUCGAAGGCCCUUGAAGGGCAAAUCUCAGCAUCCCUGGGCAUGCUCAGGGGCCUGCUGCGCCUCAACCUGUCCCACAACUUGCUGUCCGGUGGAAUGCCGUCAGAACUGAUGUCGUCCAACAGCAUCAUUGUCCUCGACAUCAGCUUCAACCGCCUCAAUGGAGAAGUGCAUGAACUGCCAUCGUCGACCCCUAGCCGGCCUCUGCAGGUAUUGAACAUCUCGACCAACUUAUUUACAGGGCAGUUUCCAUCAACUACAUGGGAGGUGAUGAACAGUCUGGUUGCACUCAAUGCCAGCAACAACAGCUUUACUGGGCAGAUACCCAGCCAUCUCUGCAGAAGCUCGCCAGCCUUAGCUGUGAUUGCACUCUGUUAUAACCAACUCAGUGGCCACAUUCCUCCUGGGCUUGGUAAUUGCUCCAUGCUCAAAGUGCUCAAGGCUGGUCACAAUGCCCUCAGUGGGCCACUUCCAGAUGAACUCUUCAAUGCUACAUCACUAGAGUACCUCUCUUUUCCCAACAAUGGUUUGGAGGGAAUACUUGAUAGUGGACAAAUUGUCAACUUCAGAAAUCUGGUUCAUCUUGAUCUUGGAGGUAAUAGGCUAAAUGGAAAGAUCCCAGACUCAAUAGGUGAGCUCAAGAGAAUAGAGGAGCUCCAUUUGAACCACAACAACAUGUAUGGGGAGCUGCCAUCAACUCUGGGUAAUUGCACAAAUCUCAUAACUAUUGACCUCAAGGGCAACAACUUCAGCGGAGAGCUGCAUAAGGUCAACUUCUUCAACCUGCGCAAUCUAAGAACAUUAGAUCUUCUGUACAACAACUUCAUUGGCACAAUUCCAGAAAGCAUCUAUUCAUGUAGCAAACUGAUUGCUUUGCGGCUAUCUAACAACAACUUACAUGGGCAGCUUUCACCAAGAAUAGGCAAUUUGAAGGAUCUUGUUUUCCUGUCACUUGUUUCCAACAAUUUUACAAAUAUCACAAAUACGCUUCAGAUCCUAAAGAACUGUAGGAAUCUCACCUCACUACUUAUUGGGACCAACUUCAAGGGUGAGGCCAUGCCAGAAGAUGAAACAAUUGAUGGUUUUCAGAAUCUUCAGGUUCUUUCGAUAUCUAAUUGCUCAUUGUCUGGAAAAAUACCUCUUUGGCUAUCAAAAAUCAAAAAACUACAGGUGCUGCUUUUGCACACGAAUCAACUCAGUGGACCAAUACCUGCCUGGAUCAAAAGCUUAAAGUCACUUUUCCAUCUAGACAUAUCAAGUAACAAGCUCACAGGGGAAAUUCCAACAGCCUUAAUGGAGAUGCCAAUGCUAACAACAGAAAAGACUGCAACCCAUUUGGAUCCAAGGGUAUUUGAGCUACCUGUUUAUAAAAAUCCAUCACUCCAGUACCGGAUAACCAGUGCUCUCCCAAAAUUGCUGAAACUUGGUUACAAUAACUUCACUGGCAAGAUCCCCAAAGAGAUCGGUCAGUUGAAAUCACUCAGUGUACUCAAUUUCAGCUCCAACAGCUUGUCAGGAGAUAUACCAGUGCAACUCUGCAACUUAACAAAUCUGCAAGUGCUAGACUUGUCUAGCAACCAUCUCACAGGUGCAAUCCCAUCAGCAUUGAACAACCUGCACUUUCUCUCUGCAUUGAAUAUUUCUUAUAAUAACCUGGAAGGGCCUAUUCCUAAUGGAGGCCAACUUAGUACAUUCUCGAAUAACAGCUUUGAAGGGAAUCCAAAGUUAUGCGGUCCUAUCCUCCUUCGCAGUUGUGGCCCAGCAGAAGCACCAACAAUCUCGACAAAGCAACCUAGCAGGAAAGCCAUUUUUGGGAUUGCAUUUGGUUCGUUCUUUGGAGUUGUUCUUCUUUUGCUUCUGGUAUAUCUCCUCACCUCGUUCAAGGGUAGAAGUUUGAUAAUCAAAAUCAAGGCCUCCAACAAUGAAGAUUUAGAAGCAACUUCACAGAUGUCUGAUUCAGAACAGUCUUUAGUAAUAGUGCCAAGAGGAAAAGGCGAAAAAAACAAGAUCAAAUUUGCUGACAUUGUGAAGGCCACAAAUAACUUCCACCAGGAAAACAUUGUUGGCUGUGGAGGCUGUGGGCUAGUCUACAAGGCUACUUUACCUGAUGGGACCAAGUUGGCCAUCAAGAAGCUUAAUGGUGAAAUGUGCCCAAUGGAGAGGGAAUUCACAGCAGAGGUUGAAGCGCUCUCCAUGGCACAGCAUGAGAAUCUUGUGCCACUGUGGGGUUACUGCAUACAGGGAGAUUCAAGGCUCCUCAUAUAUUCCUAUAUGGAGAAUGGCAGCCUGGAUGAUUGGCUUCACAACAGAGACGACGAUGCCAGCUCAAUUCUUGAUUGGCCAAUGCGGCUCAAAAUUGCACAUGGAGCAAGCCGAGGCCUUUCUUAUAUCCAUGAUGUCUGCAAGCCUCACAUCGUCCACCGUGACAUAAAGUCCAGUAACAUCCUACUUGACAAAGAAUUCAAGGCUUAUGUUGCAGAUUUUGGGCUCUCAAGAUUAGUCCAUGCCAACAAAACUCAUGUCACAACUGAGCUAGUUGGCACUCUCGGCUACAUCCCACCUGAGUAUGGGCAAGGGUGGGUUGCAACAUUGAGAGGCGAUAUGUACAGUUUUGGAGUUGUCCUGCUUGAGCUGCUCACAGGAAGACGGCCUGUUACGGCCUUGACUUCAUCGAAAGAACUUGUGAAGUGGGUGCAGGAGAUGACAUCAGAAGGAAAGCAGAUCGAGGUCCUCGAUCCAGAUCUACGAGGCAUGGGGCAUGACAAGCAAAUGCUGAAGGUCCUUGAAAUUGCUUGCAAGUGUGUCGACUACAAUGCAUGCAUGAGGCCGACCAUACAGGAAGUGAUCUCCUGCCUCGACAGUAUUGACCCCAACCUGCAGAUGCAAAAUUCAGUUAGGAUAGAACGCAGUUAAACAUGAUACGCUUGUAGUCCGUUAUUUUUGUACAGUUUCUGACAUAUUGUUAUUUUAGGCAAAUUUUCUGUAAUUCA